UCGAAGGCGUCCGGUGACGCCGCGACGAGGCAGAUGACGCGCCUUUGGAGCUGUUGUCACUUUCUCCGCUCCUUAUCCGCCGCAGCCCGGCCCGGCUCGAGUGGUACCGGGUCCGAGGGCCCCGGGCCGGGUGUCUGUGCCGAUCACGGCCUGUAUGAGGGGACUUAGGAAUCCGGGGCCGGAAGCUAUGUGGUAGGAGGGCUGCGGCGGAGGCCUGCGCUCCUGGAGAUCAGGAGCAACCACUAAGAAACGAAGAAUGCAGAAAUCAGAGAGUCAUGGAAGCCUCCAGAUGAGAAACAGAGGGACAGGGACAUAUGAACAAAGAAUGUUGACAGGUGCCCAAGUAAAACAUAGAUCUGUAGUACACCAAAACAAGUUAUUACCUUCCAACAAUUCUCCAGAUUUUAUAAAGAAGCCUCACCCUCGUCCAAGUGAUAAACUUAAUCCUAAAACUAUUGACCCGUUUAGUGAUCAGCCACGUGCCUCUUCUGCUUUUGCUGCUAUUUAUUCCAAAGGAGGUAUUCCUUGCAGGUUGGUACAUGGUUCAGUAAAACACAAAUUACAGUGGGACUGUCUUCCUGAAACUCUUCCAUUUGAUCCUCUUCUUAUUACUUUAGCCGAGGGUCUAAGAGAGACUAAACACCCAUACACAUUUGUAUCGAAAGAAGGUUUUAAAGAAUUACUUUUGGUUGAAGGUGCUACUGAAAAAACUGUGCCCUUGCUACCUAGACUGAUUCCUGUUUUGAAGGCAGCUCUGACCCAUUCAGAUGGUGAAGUGUUUGAAAGGGGUUUGAAUGCUUUAGUACAGUUGAGUGGCGUUGUUGGGCCUUUUCUAAAUGAUCAUCUGAAGCAUUUGCUUACAAGUCUUUCCAAGAGACUAAUGGAUAAGAAAUUCAAAGAGCCAAUCACCAGUGCUUUACAAAAGCUAGAACAACAUGGUGGAAGUGGCAGCCUUAUGAUUAUCAAAGCUAAAAUUCCAACCUAUUGUUCCAUCUGCUCUUAAACCAAAGGAAUGAUAAACCAUUUGACUAAGUGGUGAGAGAUGUCAGAAGCUUGUGGUGAACAUCGUAGGAUCCUUUUUGAACAUGUUUCAUUUUUUAUCACAGCUGAUUUUCAUGUGAUAAAAAUUAAUACACAAAAUUGAUUCCACUGAAUCAUAGUAAAUAAGCAUUUAUCAACAUGGGAAAAUGAUUAUGGAAAACUAUUGAAAGGAUUUUGUGGGGUUUAUCACAUAUAAUUUUUUUUCUGCUACAGUUGGUUUGUAUUAAGAACCAGAGUUUUGUUUACAGUUUGAUAUUUGAUAUUUAUAUUUCAGUAUCUUUUAGUUAUAUCACCUGAUUGCACUAAUUUUUCAUAAUUACCCUGGCAUACUUAUAGGGUUUUUAGACCUAUCAGAGUCAUAGAAAUUUAGUAAGAGUGGUUAAACUGUUUAGUAACUCACUGAUAAAUUAUUGCUUAUAAACAGUUAUUUUUAUAAUAUGUAAUGCUUGGUGGAAACAUUCAGAACAUUUCAAAAUAAGAAUUUUUCAAUAGUGUAAAAUUCUGUUAUAACAUGUAAAUUAUUAUUUUACUAUAACCUGCUAAAACUAUAUAUGAGUUUUGGUGUUGUAAUAUAUAAGUAAAUGUUAUUUUUUUAUUUCCUCACCUAAAAGAAAUA